AUGCUAAGCGAGCGCCCUAGUGACGUCACUGGGCGCUACGUGUACUGGGUUGUGUUUCAGGAAGCUGGGGCUGUCAGUGCAGUGGGCUCCUCAGCUGGGUCUCGGAGAGUGUCGCUUUCACCUCUCACAGGAACGAUGCUACCAACUACUUCAGUUAGCCCCAGGAGCCCAGACAAUGGCAUACUAAGCCCACGAGAAGCAGCCAGACACACAGCUGGAGCCAAACGCUACAAAUACCUCCGGAGGCUCUUUCACUUUAAGCAGAUGGACUUUGAGUUUGCUCUUUGGCAGAUGCUUUAUCUUUUUACUUCACCACAAAAAGUUUACAGAAACUUUCACUACAGAAAGCAGACGAAAGACCAGUGGGCAAGAGAUGAUCCAGCAUUUUUGGUACUUUUGAGUAUCUGGCUAUGUGUUUCUACUGUAGGUUUUGGAUUUGUCCUGGACAUGAGCUUUUUUGAGACCUUCAAACUGCUCCUUUGGGUUGUUUUUAUAGAUUGUGUUGGUGUUGGACUACUGAUUGCAACAUUAAUGUGGUUUGUUUCUAACAAGUAUAUGGUCAAGCGCCAGGGGAAGGAUUAUGAUGUAGAGUGGGGCUAUACGUUUGAUGUCCACUUGAAUGCCUUUUAUCCUCUUCUGGUCAUCCUGCAUUUCAUCCAGCUAUUUUUUAUCAACCAUGUGAUCUUAUCAGGUUGGUUUAUUGGUUACUUUGUUGGAAAUACAAUAUGGCUGAUUGCAAUUGGCUACUACAUCUAUAUCACAUUCCUUGGAUACAGCGCUCUUCCGUUCCUGAAAAACACAGUGAUCCUUCUGUACCCAUUUGCGGCUUUGGCUCUUCUGUACGUACUUUCCUUAGCUUUGGGCUGGAACUUUACAGAAAAGCUCUGUUUGUUUUACAAGUACAGAGUCAGGUAAAACUCUGUUGGGCUGGACAGUUACUGAUCUUGUACACAUUGUAAAUAUUUUUGUUGUAGAUAAAGGCGGUGAUUUAAAUAUCAAAGUGUCUCGUAUGCUUGCAUUUUACUGCACGGAUUGUGAGUUCCUAUUCCGGAUUGUUUUUUUUUUUUUUUUAAUUCUUGAAAUUCUUUAACUGUUUACUUAAUUUCUAGUAAGUCAUUCCACAAACAUUCUUAUUGAACAUCACACGUCCUUUACAUUUACGGUACAUUCUGUUCAGUACUGCCUUCCAUUUUUAUGGAGAGUGUAAUGGAGCAUUGUAAUCUAAGUUCUGGAGGGAAUUUUUAUAGCAUCAUACCCCCUGACUAUGCUGGCUUCCAUCUUUAUUAUCUGCACAGCACAUGCGCAGUAUCCUUCCCUUUAUUAUAUUGGGAAAUGCAUGAAAUGAAUGGAUGCAGUUUCAAAGGGGAUAAUGUGGAAACUAGGUUUUGCUGUGUAUAUUUGCAAAUUGAUGGUGGUGAUGGUAAGGUUGUCAGGAAAUAGACUGAAAUUGGAGUUGAAGUGAAAUAAACAUUUAUGGCAAAUUGUCAUCUAACGCCAAAUUCACAAAUGUCUCAACUCUGGUUAAUGCAAGCAAAAAAAAAAAAAAAAUG